AUGUUUUAAUAAUUUUUAAACUGUUUCAAAAAUAAAUCAGCAAAGGAUGGUUCAAAAGAGUAUGAGAAGGACAUACUCUCAUCGGUGAUUGAUAUUUUGCCGAAUUACCAAAACAAAAAAGGAGAAGUGACAGCUGCAGAGAUUAGGAAAUAGACAAAUUAGACAGAUAAUCCGAAAGAAUCGAAUGACAAUCUGAUAAAAUAUGAUGAUGAUGAUAAUCCAUAUUGCAGGUUUUCUUUGGAUUAUUUUGCUUUAAACAACAGGUUUCGGGUUUUUUGUAUUUAAAUCAGUUAAUCCAAACUAUUCUAAUGGGUUCAUUCUCUUUUAUCGGUUAUAGUAGUCUGUGUACUGAUUGUUAAGCCCUAUAAUAAUGAGAAUAGUGGGUUAAAUAUCUCGAUAUCGAAUGCAGUGAUCAAUGGAAUAAUAAUUUCAUGCGAUGUAAUUUUUAGCAUUUAAGUUGUGAUAUCAAUUAUAUCAUACGGAAUUUGGAAUUGCAACUAUGGAUAUUACAAGGACCCUUAUGCCUUCAUAAAUAGUAUAUGUUUGUUAUUCGCCCUGAUCUUACGGCAAUCCUACUUAUACAUAUUCAGAGCAUUGUUUUUGGUGGACUUCAUCGUGCAGACCAAAUAUUUCUAAAUUGUAAAGAAAUUGAGUAAUACAGUUAAACAUGCAUUGAUGAUGACCGCCUAUGUGGUGAUAAUAAUUACAUUAUUGACCUACAUUUAUGCUACCAUGGGAGUCCAAAUCUGGAGUGAUUAAUUGCAUCAUUAUUGCGUGAAAGAUGGCGACAUCGAUGCCUAUCCAGCGAGAUUAUGUGGAAUGGGUAGGAAGUGUCCAGAAGGGUAUGUAUGUUAAAGAGGGUAUUUUCAUCAACCAUUCACGUAAUACGAUUAUAUUUCCUUUGAUGAAAUUCCAAAUGGUUUGCUUACUUUAUUUAUUUGUCAUUUUAUUGAGGGUUGGGUUGAAGUGGAAUAGAAUUUGGCUGAUACCUUUAAUAAGUACAUAAGUUCAAUCUUUCUAUGGUCUUACAUUAUUAUUGGGACAUUCUUUUUGUAAAACCUAUUGGUGGCUAUUCUCUUAAAUUAAUAUCAAAUGGAUUAGUAAGUUGAAGAACUACCGAAAAUCAAAGUCAAGAGUCAAACAAAAAUUCAAAUCAGCAAUGAGAGACGUAGGACGUAUUUCUUGACUCCAGGGCAUUUGAGUAAGAGCAAACAAAGAGCUCUUUAAUUGAUACAAAAUUAGCAUAGGAAAUCAAGGUAGAGAUCACAAUUACAAAUCAAACUUAAAGCAAUAGUAUCAUCCAAUUUUAUCAAAUACUUUUAUUCGCUUUUAUUUAUAACAAAUUUAAUCUUAUUUUCAUUGAAUGACGAAUCAGCAUACCAUAAUGAUUUCGAGAAUAAAAUCAUAAUUAUCAAUAUAGUAUUUCUGUUUAUAUACAUCUUGGAAGAUUUGGCAAGAAUGUAUGUCUGGAAAUAAAAGGAAAAUAAAUAUAUUCUGCUUUUAGAAUUUGUCAUAGACUUUAUUAGUAUAAUUGUUCAGCUUAAUGACAUGUCUUAUCCAUUUGUGCUUAAUGCUUUUAAGGGUUUAAGACUUCUAUGGUUCUUCAAUACGUAGACAAGUUGGUCAAACUAUAAAGUGUUAUUGUAAGCAUUGCAAAAGUCCUUUGUUAAUAUUCCUAAAUUAAUUUUGGUGUUCUUAACCUACAUGAUUGUCAUUGGAAUAUUGGGGAGAGAGUAUUUUGCUGGAGAACUGAUUUUUGAUGAAUAAGGUAAUUAUGAUAAGCAAGGUUCAAAUAUACCAAGAGCAAAUUUUGAUAGUAUUAGAAAUACAGUUUCAUCUUUAUUUAUAAUAAUUUGUUCUGAUCAAUGGGAGAACAUAUUUUACACAACUCUUGAGACUAAAUCCUGGAUUCCUUAUCCAUUUUUUAUUUUUGUGUUGAUUUUGUGUAGAUUUUUCAUCUUGUCCUCAUUCUUGACUAUCAUGCUUGAUAAUUAUGAGGAAGCCAAGAACGAGGCUGACAAAUCUAAGGCUCGUGCUUAGAGGGUCAUUUCAUCUAUGCAAAAAACUAAAGUGGUUCCAGCAGCUUAAUUAUAAUAAAUCCAAAAUUCUUCUUAGAUUGAAAAGAAAAGAUACUUCGGAAGAUUAUCGAAGAUGUCAGAUGAUAGUGAUGAUGAGGAGAAGGAAUCGAAACAUCAUGUUCUACAAAGACAAGCGUCGAAAUACCCAUAAAUUACAAUAGGCAAGAACAAUAAUAUAUAAAAAUAAUCAUCGAUACAAUAAGUGACAAUAGUCAAAAGCAAUGAUGAGAUCAGAAUAUCCUACAGUUCAAGUUAAUCAUAUAAGCAAUAUUUUAUGAAUUCAGCAUUAUUCGUAUUAAAUAACAAAAGCAUCUUAAGAAAAAGAAUACAAUAGUUAACAUAGAGUAAGUACUUUGAAUGGUUGAUGAGUUCAAUAAUAAUUUUGAAUAUCAUUCUAUUAGGCAUGGAUCUGCCAAUAUUUGAAUAAAAAGACUUAAUAUAGAAAUUUAAUCUUAUCUUCACAAUCAUUUUUAUUUUUGAAAUCGUAUUGAGAAUAUUAGCCCAUGGAUUUAUUUGGAAUCAAAUUGAACCUAAUAGAGCAUUCGUUUACAACAAUCAAAACAACUUCGAUUUGGCUAUAUUAAUUAUAAGUUCCAUUAGUGAUCUAAAUCUAUAUAACAGUGGAUAUUUGAAGGCAUUUCGAGCAUUGCGUACUCUAAGAGUGUUCUCAUCUGCUAGAAGAGGAUCUCAAAGUGAAGAAUUGAAUUUGAUAUCAAAAUCAUUGUUUCAGACCAUAUCCUUGUUAUCUUCCAUGAUAUUCGUGACUGGUAUCUGCAUUUGGAUUUUGAGCAUCUUUUGUAUGACUAUUUGGAAAGGCAAAUUGUACUUUUGUACAAAUGUGUAAUCAUAUGAUAACAUCUAUACAAAGCAAGAUUGUUUGGAUUAGAAAGGAGAAUGGAUCAAUAAUAUCACUAAUUUUGAUACUAUUUAGGAUUCAUUGCUCUGCUUGUUUAGAAUAAUAAUUGGAGAAGGGUGGACAAGUCAAAUGUAUUACGUUUCAGAUAUCACUGAAAGGGGGAUGCAUCCCAAAGUUGACUCAUCUGCUAACUAUUAGAUCUUAUAUUAUAUAUUGUUGUUCCUCCUGAAUAUCAUGCUAUUGAAUCUCUUCACUGGGUUGAUCAUCAACAAUUACAGGACAAUCAAAGAGAACAUCAGUAAUUACAAGUCGCUCAAUGAACAUCAGAGGGAAUGGUUGUAAAUGAUGUACAUAAUGCAAAAGAAGAAUCUAAUAAGAUUGAUUGAGAAACCCAAAAAUCAAUUCAGAUAGAUCUGUUACUCCAUCGCAACCUAUUCGUAUUUUGAAUUGAUUAUACUUAUUCUCCUCCUAUUGAAUUUAAUAUUUUGCUCUGCCAAUGGUAACUCAAUUAAUUAAACCACCAAAUCAGCCUUCUAUGUCCUGGAUAUCAUUUUUAUUACCCUCUUUCACAUUGAAGUAUUUAUCAAAUUUUCAGCCUUUUGGUAUUACUACCUAAAGGACUCAUGGAAUAAAUUCGACAUCCUGCUUCUGAUUUCUACAGAUGCCUUACUGAUACUCAAUAGCGAGAUUGAGAUGCCUAAGAUGUUCAUGAUUCCGUUGAUCAUUCGUUGUUUGAGGGUUCUAAACACGUAUAAGAUACUGAAGUUAAAUCGUCAACUCAAAGUCCUCAUUGAUGUCAUAUAGGAAAUACUACCAACCUUAUUAAGUGUAGUGGCUUUUAUCAUUAUAAUCAUUAUUGUAUAUGCAUUAAUUGGGAUUCAAACUUUGUCCGUAGUUAAAUCAACGUCUCAAGAUGCCCAAUACCCUUUUUAUUAGGAAAUCGGGUAGAGGAAUAAGAAUUUCCAGAACUUCUGGGAUGCUGUCUUAAUUUUAAUAGAAGUUACAACUGGAUAAUACUGGCCACUCUAUAUGUCAGAUUACACCAUCAAUAAGGCUGGUUGUCAUUCUUAGACUCCAGAAGACAUAUUGAAAGAGGGAGUUUAGGGAUGCAGUACCUUCUUUGGAUACUUUUACUUUAUUAGUUUUUUAGUAUUGAUCAGGAUAAUAAUGAUCUCAUUGUUUUUAGCCAUGAUUAUAGAAUCAUAUCAGGAAUGUUUGCUUGAGAAUACUGCAGUCAUUAAUCCUUAUUAGAUAGAGGAUUUCUUUUUAAAAUGGUCUGAUUAUGAUCCCAAAGGAACUGGAUGGAUAACUCCUGAGGAUUUUGCAUUUUUGAUGUUUGAGAUGAAUCCUCCUCUUGGAUUUAAGGAUGAGAAUGCUUGUUUGUAGUUGUUUGAUUUCAAUUAAAAUCAUAAGAAACAGUCGGCAUACAUCUACAAUCCUAGGACCAAGAUGCACCUUAAGAAAAUUGAUAUCUUCAAGAAACUCAGUGAUUUCUAAGUGUUAAUAUAUUAGAAUGAGAUGAUCCACAUUAAGGAUGUUAGUUUGUAGAUAGCUUAUAAUGCAGUGAAAAAGAAGAAUGCUUUGCAUGGGAUUGAAUAGAUUGAGGACAAAGUAGUAUUGAGAAACAUACGGAAAUCAUGGGAGGCUAAGUUCCCUGAUUUGGGGGAUCAGAAGUUCCUUCAUUUCGCAGUGGACAUCUUUGCGUAUAGUUCGAUAAGGAACAUAUUGAGAGGAGCAAUAGAGAGAAGAAAGGUGAAGAAGAGAAUCAAGGAAAUGCAGAAGCAAAACAAUCUUAGGUAGUUGGAAAUAAAUGAGAAUGCCUAUUUGACAACAAGAAUUGCAGACAGCAAUCAUCGUCAUCGCAGGAAGAGUCAGAUCAAUAAAAGAGUGUUCCCAUUUGCAUAAUCAUCUUAUCGGAUUAAGGAGCAAAAUCGUGAUGGGAAUGUUUAUAAUCGCAGAGUUGCUCUUAGGACUGAUCUGAAGUAGUCCCAAUAACAAUAGGCCUCCCAUUAAGAAUCUGUUUCACUCUCGACACACAACUUUUACAUUGAUCCUUAGGAAACGAAUAACGGAUUCCCUAUGAAAAUAGUAUUGGAAACGCAGAAGAUAGAUUUCCCAAGUGACAACUCCUAGCGUUCUUUCUUCGGGUAGAUGAAAUUGAGAGGGGACAUUUCAUAACGAAUGUCUGAUGAAGAGGAUAAUAUUUGA